GAAAUGCAGGCUAGGCCCGUCGCCGCUUCUGUUCCUCCCGACGCUUCCGCCGCCGCCGCCGCCGCCGUAGUCUCCAUACUCAGCGACGCGGAGGACCCUGAAGACCGCCUCCGCGCGUCCGGCAUCAGCCCGGACCCGGCCCUGUUCCCGCACCUCCGACGGUCGCUCACCGCCCUCCCCGAGUCCGCGUUCCCCGCGCUCGCUCGCUGGGCCGGCGCCGCCGCCGCCGUAUCCCUCCUCGCCUCCCGGGGCCUCUUCGCCGCCUCCUGGCGCCUGCUCCUCUCGCCGGCCUCCCCGCCCCCUCCCCUCUCCGCCUUCGCCCCGCUCGUCCGCCGCUACGCCCGCCUCGGCCGCGCCCCCGCCGCCCUCCGCGCGUUCCACUUCCUCCGCCGCCACCCCAACCGCUUCACUCUAGAUGACUCCCCCGCCUCCCCCGCCGCGACCUCCCUCCUGAACAUGGCGGUCGGGGCGCUCUGCAAGGAGGGCCACCCGCGCGCGGCCGCCCGGCUCGUCGAGCGGUGCCGGCGCGAGGGCGAGGCGUCCCCCGACGACCGCACCUACAACAUGCUCCUCGACGGCUGGUCCGGCGCGCGCCGGCUCGACAAGGUCAGGAAGCUCUGGUUGGAGAUGCGUCAGGCCGGCGUUCGCCCCACGGUGGUCUCCUACGGGACGCUCAUCAAGGCGCUCUGCCUGAUGCAGCAGCCGGACCAGGCGGCGUGUCUCCUCGACGAGAUGCGGGGGGACGGGAUCGACGCCAAUCUGCUCACCUGCAACCCCAUCGUGAACGCCCUCGCGCACGCUGGCCGGUUCCGGGACGCGUACAAGCUGCUCGAGAGAUUUCCUCUGUAUGGCGUCGCGCCGAAUAUCUCCACAUUCAACUCGCUCGUGCUGGGUUACUGCAAGUAUGGGGACCUCGCCGGGGCUAGCGGUGUGCUCAAGGCCAUGCUGGGGAGGGGCAUCUUGCCGACCGCGAAAACGUACAAUUACUUCUUCAUCUUCUUUGCCAAGACCGGCAGUGUCGAGCUGGGGAUGAACCUUUAUAGCAAGAUGAUCAGCAAUGGGUAUGCGCCAGACCAGGUAACUUACAACCUAUUGAUCAAGUUGCUGAGCGAGGCGAAUCGGGUUGAACUAGUGGUGCAGAUGAUAAAGGAGAUGAAAGCUGGUGGUUUUGAGUCUGAUCUAGCGACAAGCACCAUGCUGGUACAUUUGCUUUGCCGGACUCAUCGGUUCGAGGAAGCAUGUGCUGAGUUUGAGGACAUGUUCCGGAGAGGGCUUGUGCCCCAGUAUAUCACUUACCGGAUGCUUAUGAAGGAGCUCAAGCGGCUCGGCUCGGUUGAACUGGUCGAUAAGUUGACUGACCUAAUGCGCUCAGUACCACAUUCCACAAAGUUGCCUGGCAGCUACAGAGAAAAGGAAGGCGAUGAUGCUAAAGCCAAGCGAAAACUGAUAUUGGAGAAAGCUCAGGCUGUUUCCAAUGUUCUCAAGGAGUGUAAAGAUCCCAAGGAGUUGCACAAGCUAAAAGAUGAUGAAGAAACUGAUGUCCAGCUUGCAGAUAGGUUAGUAGCCAGCAUUAGAAAGAGAGUAUAUGGUGGUGUCUCUAGGGCUCUUCCUUGAACAUUGAGUUGGCAAAAUCAAACCAUGAAGAUUGGUUGCAUGAUCGGGGACUUAGAAGUUGAUCACAUAAGUAACUCAUACUUCACAUGGUUGAUUGCCCUUGGGAUCUUCAAGAACAAAGAAGAGAUUGUAAACUCUA